AUGGCCGCAACACCCGUCCAAGUGGCCGUCCUAGACGACUACCAGGGCAUUGCAACGCCCAAAUUCGCCCACCUCGUCGACCAGGGCAAAAUAAGCGUCACUUACUUUCCCAACACGCUGAACGUGCGCAAUGCCGAUGAGCGCGAAGCGCAAAUCAAGCGCCUGCAGCCCUUCGAGAUCCUGUCCACAAUGCGUGAACGCAGCCUCUUUAACGCAGACAUACUAGGCUCCCUGCCCAAUUUAAAGGUUCUCUUGACCACGGGCGCUCGCAAUUUUGCCAUCGACCACGAAUUCGCUGCGACAAAGGGGAUAGUCGUGGCAGGCACACAGCGCACAUCAGAGGCCGCCAACGGGCCCGACCCAACCACCCAGCAGACAUGGGCGCUCAUUCUGGGGCUGGCCAAGCACAUCGCGCGCGAAGAUAAUGCGUUGAAAACCGACAAGUCCUAUUGGCAAGGGCAGGAUCUGGCGAUUAGUCUGCCCGGCAAGACGCUGGGGUUGUUGGGGUUGGGGAGACUGGGACAGGCGUCGGCCAAGAUUGCGAUAUUGGCCUUUGGCAUGAAGGUUGUGGCGUGGAGUUCAAGUCUGACACAGGAGAAAGCCGAUGCCGCCGCGGCGGAGAUUGGGUUGCCUGCAGGAAGUAUUCGCGUGGCGGCUUCCAAACUGGAUCUGCUGCGCGAGGCGGACGUCGUUUCGUUGCAUUAUGUGCUCUCAGAGCGUAGUCGGGGCCUGGUGGGCAAGGAAGAGCUGGCUGCUAUGAAGCCUUCGGCGUUGCUGAUCAAUACAUCGCGGGGCCCGCUGGUGGAUGAGGCGGCGUUGUUUGAGACGUUGAAAGCAGGCAAGAUUCGAGGCGCGGCCAUCGAUGUGUUUGAUAUCGAGCCGCUACCAGCAGACAGUCCAUGGCGCACGACAGAAUGGGGGAAGAAUGGGCGCAGUGAGGUGCUGCUGUCGCCGCAUAUGGGAUAUGCUGUGGAAGACUAUAUUGGCAGCUUGUAUGACCAGGUGGUGGAGAAUCUGGAGAGACAUUUGGCGGGGCAAGAGUUGCUUCUGGAAAUGGCAGAGCAAACAAUACCGCAAAUGCGCGGUCUACCACUGGCCUUGCACGGCACUAUCAUACACACUUUGGACGCCAGCACACUUGAAAUCCUACAAGACUGCCUUCUGAUAAUCGACAGCGAUGGCAAAAUUGAGAAAAUAUUCAAAGACACGCCCGCCGACAAAGUCAAUGCCUGCAUUUCCCAAGCCGGUCACUCUCCAGACGUCUUCCCCGUGAAAUACCUCCGCAGAGGGGAGUUCCUCAUCCCGGGCUUCAUUGACACGCACUACCACGCACCUCAGUAUGCGCAGAGGGGUUUAGGGCGCGACCAAACGCUUCUAGAAUGGCUGGAAAACGUCACAUUUGCGCACGAGCGCAAGUUCGAAGAUGUCGCGUAUGCCAAGAGGAUGUAUACGGCCUGCGUGCAGGCGGGCAUUAAACAGGGCGUGACGACGGCUUCGUAUUAUGGAAGUGUGCAUGUAGAGGCUACCAAGAUUCUGGCUGAGACCUGUCUGGAGCAGCGUCAGCGAGCCUUUGUGGGCAAGUGUAAUAUGAAUCGCAGCUCGCCGGAAUGGUAUCGAGACGUAUCGGCUGAAGAGUCCCUGAAGGAGACUAGAGAGUUGGUGGCGCAUGUACGCAGUAUCGACAGCGAGGGGAAGCUAGUCAAGCCGAUCCUUACGCCUAGGUUCGCGAUUACGUGUGAUGACACGUUGCUGUCGGGGCUGGGGCGGAUUGUGGAUGAGACUCCCGAUAUUCAUGUUCAGACGCAUUUCAAUGAAGCUGUCGAUGAAAUGGAGUAUACCCGCCAGUUAUACCCGCAGUUUCAGCACGAGGCAGAUUUGUACGAUGAAUUCGGGUUGUUGGGGCCGCAGACUAUUCUCGCGCACAGCAUUUUCUUGAAGGAGGAGGAAAUGGACAGGAUUAAAGCCAAGGGAUGCGGAAUUGCGCAUUGUCCCAUAUCAACGGCAACAUUGGGCGAGUUUAUGAUGGCGCCGAUUCGGGAGUAUCUGCGACGUGGGAUCAAGGUUGGCUUGGGAACUGAUGUUGGCGGUGGGUUUUCGAGCAGUAUGCUAGAUAUCAUGCGACAUGCGUUUAUUAUUUCCAAGGCGCGCGAGACUUUUACCAAGGGCGCUGAUCCGGCGUUGAAGCUGAAUGAAGGGUUUUUUUUGGCUACGUUGGGUGGUGCGCAGGUCUGUGGCAUUCAUGAUAAAGUUGGUAACUUUAUCGAGGGCAAGGAGUUUGAUGCACUGGAGAUCCAUACCAUUGGAUCGGAGCCAUGUGGUAGCCUGGGUGUGAUGAGUCCGAUAGAAGAUGAGGAUUCCAUUGAGGCUAUUUUUGAAAAGUUUCUAAUGACUGGUGAUGAUCGUAAUAUUGCCAAAGUGUACAUUGCUGGUCAGUCGGUUAAGGAAACUGCAUGA